GUCAUCCAAAUUUUUGUACUUCAUAUCCUGGGUGGAUGUGAGAUGGUGCUGCUCAUAGCCAUGGCCUUGAACCGAUAUGUGGCCAUAUGUAAGCCCCUUCACUACCUGACAAUCAUGAGUCCACGGAUGUGCAUUUGGCUUCUGGUUGGUGCUUGGGUUAUUGGUCUCAUUCACUCAGUGGCCCAGCUAGCUUUCAUUGCCCAUUUGCCUUUUUGUGGCCCUAAUGAGAUCGACAGCUUUUACUGUGAUCUACCUCGAUUUAUCAAACUUGCCUGCAUAGACACCUACAGACUAGAGUUCAUGGUUACUGCCAACAGUGGGUUCAUUUCCAUGGGAACCUUCUUCUUAUUGAUUUUCUCUUAUAUAUUCAUCCUGGUCACUGUAUGGAAAAGCUCUUCAGUUGGCUUGUCCAAGGCCCUCUCUACCCUGUCUGCUCACAUCACUGUGGUGGUUUUAUUCUUUGGACUGUGCAUCUUUAUAUAUGUGUGGCCAUUUCCCACAGUGCCAGUGGAUAAAUUUCUUAGCAUUUUGGACGUUUUGAUUACACCUAUCUUGAAUCCUACCAUUUACACAUUGAGGAACAAGGAUAUGAAGACUGCAAUGAGAAGACUGAGUCGUCAAUUCUUAAGUUUGAGAAAAAUCACCUGA